AUGUUUGAAAAGUAUGAUGGGCAUGAGGAUCCCAUAGCCCACCUCAAGAGUUACUGCAACCAAUUGCGGGGAACAGGUGGAAAAGAGGAGCUUCUCAUUGCUUAUUUUGGGGAGAGUCUGGUGGGCAUUGCUUCUGAGUGGAAUUCUCUGUCAAACCUCAAGAAGAAGUCCUCGGAACGUUUCCGAGAAUAUGCUGUUAAAUGGCGCGAACAAGCGGCCAGGGUCAAGCCUCCAAUGGAUGAAACGCAAAUGAUUGGUGAGAUGGUCGAGAAUGGUCUGAAAAUAGGGCGCAUAUUGAGCCAAUCUGCCAUAAGAGAUACACCCCAAGCAAUUCAAGGCGGGUCCAGAGGUGUAGCGAAUAGAAAGAAAAAGGAAGAAGUGGCAAUGGCGACUUCAGGUCCGACAAACCCUCGUCCACCCAGACCUUACUUCGCUACAAGAACCCCACAACAUUAUUAUUCUCAUAAGGAUGUGGCCUAUGCUAGGCCACAACAACAGUUCAACCAAAACCGAGCUCCAUUUCCUAGAAAUCAACCUCCUCGCCAAGCCCAGUAUAAUCCCCAACCUCCACAAAAUAACUUCUCCUAUAAUGCCCGUGCCCAGGAGCCACCCAGGAUAGCAAACUUCACGCCUAUUGGACAUGACACUGAAGACUGUUGGACUCUAAAAAGGGCUCUUGAAAACCUCACAGAGCAAAAACGGAUAGUGCUAAAGGAUGAGGAAGUUCCUAAUGUGACUAACAACCCAUUACCGUCUCACAACAACGGGCUGGUCAUUGGAAUGAAUUGCGAAGACAAGAAGUUUGAUCCUGCUUUGAAAGCCAUCAUUGCAAUCGCUGAUGUCGAGAAAAAGCCAAAGGCUAUUGCAAAACGAGAUAGAGGGGAGAAAAAGAGUAAACCGACCCCUCAAAAUGCAGAAAAGGCAUUGGAAAAAAAACUAGGGCAAAAAGAGCAAAAGACAUUGAGCCCUCCAAGAAGAUUUGAGAUGAACAAGGGACCCAAGAUGUACGUGCCUAAGGGGACCUAUGUGGUAUGGGGGCCGGUAAUUUCACCAAGGCUGAAUGAGCCCGUGGUUAAUGGUCACGCACCGCAGAGGCCCAUGACAGACCCUACUGCCGUUCUAUGGAAUUACAACAAGGCGGUACUAACUUACAAAGGAAAAGAGGUCUUAGGAGAAGCGAAUGAAACUAAACCAACUGAGAAAUACCUUAACUUGGAGGAAUUGAACAAAUCCAAGAAGAAACGCUUCCCGAUCAAAAAGCCAGUUAGUGCCGAAGAAGCCGAAGAAUUCUUUCGCAAAAUGAAAGCUGCGGACUACGAGGUAAUAGACCAAAUUCGAGAGUCUCCUUCACAGGUUUCACUCCUGUCCCUAUUGGUAUGCUCGGCCGAGCAUCAGAAAGUGUUGAUAAAAACCCUCAACGAGGCUUAUGUCCCGAUUGAAACCACUGUUGAACAACUGGAGAGGAUGGCGGAAAGAUUCUUCGCGGUCAAUUAG